AUGAAGAAGUGUCCGAAGGGCUACGUCCGCAGCGAGAAGACCAGCACGUGCUGGGCCGAGUGCCCCAUUGAGUUCCCAGUGGAGUGCGGCAUGGAGUGCAUCCGCCAGAACGACGACUGUGGGCGCGAAGUGCUCUACAAGGUCGGCUCUGUAUUCAACGUCGGUAUCAACGGCGUCAUAGACAACUGGUUCGGCAAGUUCUCCGAGAUGGCCAAGGGCGUACGAACUGCCGUCAUGUGCUCCUGUAUGAUCGUGGGCGAGCUGCGAGCGCUCAACCUCUACAUCCGCUCCAUUAAGGCUGCCGAUCCCGAGGCGUCUCAAGAUAAAAUUCUGGCGAUGCUCUACCAGUCGAACGCCGUCGUCGUCGAGUUGCCCAUUACCAUCAAGUUGUGUCUGGGCGGCAAGGCAACUUGCAACAGGUGGCUUGCAGACAGAAUCAUGUCCACGACGCAGUACAUUUUGGCGCAAGUACUUGCCCACGACGACAGCAUCAUCGCCAGCUGGCAGCGGUUCAAGGCCUUCAUGAAGGGAGCCAACUUCACGGCCCCGCCCGAGCAGGUUACCCAAGGCGAGAUCGGGUACCUCAAGGACGCUCUCAGGUCGAAUUCGACGUGUGGUCACGACCUGCAAGGCUUCAUGGAGCGCACGUGGUCGACUGCCGAGGCCUUGAGGGAGCCGAACCCCGACAUCACAGAGGACGAGCUGCGCGUGAAGAUCCAGGACACGGACAUCUUCAAGUCGGACAUAGCGACGAAGCUGCGCAAGACGUUCGGCGUGGUCAUCAAUGACCUCAUCACGACAGGGAAGAGUGACAACGGCACGUCCUACAAGGCCAUGGAGUACGCGUACCAGGUUGUGAACCAGGGUCUUAACUUCUGGGUCGUCACGGGCUUCGACAUGAGCGGCGUCUCGAGUUUCAUCUCCGAUUCAUGGGCGAGCGACGACGGCACCCACCCGGACACGCUGGGCCUCAACAUGAUCCAGAAGGCUUUCAAGAACACCACCAUGUCAUGGCCAAAGAAGGGCGGCGGUCAGGUGAUCCACAACUUCACGAGCACCGACACCAAGAACGUGACGGUGAACAUCAUAUCUGGAGGUGACAAGAUCGACGAGAUCGACGUUGUUGCCGGUGGGACCGCGACGUGUAAAUCGACCGUGGAGAAGCUGGGCGGUCGGACCCUGUAUCUGGAUCGCUGGCGCCCCGGUUUCUUUGGUCUUCCUGGCACCGGAGGGGCAGAAGGGGGCCAUUUGGACCUGGACGUGAGGCUGAAUCAAAGCAAUAUGCUGGGAAGCCGAACAGAGCUUCUGUGUCCUCCGAAGCUGACAGCGUCGCUGCCACAAGUGAUCUCGCUGUUGCUGGCGGGGUCGCUAUCGCUUGUGGUGCCGUCGCACCUCGUCGCGAAGAUGUCGACGCUGGAGUCGCCGUUGCCGCUGGAGUCGUCGAUGCCGCUGGAGUCGCCGUUGCCGCUGGAGUCGCCGAUGCUGCAGGUGUCAAAGCUGGCGGCGGGGCGACAUCUGAAGCUUGUGUUGGCGACGAAGGUGUUGCUGCUGCCGGCGUUGAUGUCGCGGGCGGCGUCGAUGUUGCUGAUGGCGCCGCCGACUGGAGCGUGA